AUUCACAGCGGAAAAGCGGUACGGAAAACUUCAUCGUCCGAAACACCGGUCGCGAAAAGUCGGUGUGAUAGCGAGCGAGUGCUUCUAAGUUCGUUUUUAUUUGGCACGCGCCUAAACCUACAACGAUGGCAUCAACGAUAAAAUGAUAACAGUUUGCGGUGACGGUUACUCGGCCUGGAAUUACAGUGGUACAGAACGUCCGUCAAUGUAAGCAGACGCAGCAGUAACAUCAACCGCACUCACACAGCAGCACACGCGAUCGCGAUAUCAGAAGAGAUGCUGUGCGGAGGGCGAAAACGCGAGCAGAUCGCGGCGUUGGUAAGUGUUGUUGUGCGCGAGUGGCCCACCCGAUGGCCAGCCACCAGCAUCGCAGCCGAGCGCGGGAGCAUGCCGUGCCGAGCAGUGUGCGCCACCAGUUAGUCACCUGUGAACGUUCGAGCCAGCCGGAGCAAACAUACUCUUCGCGGCCCUGCUGGCGUAGAUACAUCAUUACGCACAGCCCGUUUUUUCAUCUUGCUUAUGCGAGCGCGCGAUCGCGAUCGGUGUGUGUAUGUGUAUCAUAAGUGUGUGUGUGUGUGUAACAAACAAACAUCUGACACGUGUGUGAGUGUUCGAUACGUGCGAGAAGAUAACACCAGACACAAACCCAGCAAAACCCAGCCAGCGCAACGACGAACGGUGAGGAAAAGAAACAUAAAACGGGAACGUUGGCCUUCUUCGGUGCGCGAAGAGAGCGAACAAGCAACGGGAUCUACCCUGCCGCGAAGGUGAACUUCCCAUUCUUCGCCACGAUCUCGUGUGUGUGUCUGUGUCUGUAUGCGAACGAGCGGGCCGAGCGAGUCCGAGCUGCAGCGCUGGUGAAAACGGGCGUUCGUUGCUUGCGGCUAGUUGAAGUUGUUCCAUCGAAAACGGUCGUUCGAUAAAUCGGAAGUGUUAGAGUAGAGUUAGGUGGAUUUUUUUUCCUUCUAUUCUCGCGAUCGCGUGUGUGUGAUAGAACAGUGGUUCGCGGUUUUAAUUGCUGCAAACUUUUCCGAUUGAUUUUUAUGUUUGUUUCGCGGAAUUUCCCCACGUCCACUGCGUCUUCCAGCACACUCGUUCCUGGAGGGAUGAGUCAAUCAAUCGCUUGACACGCAACACACAGGUGUCCCCGAUAUUAUUCGCCCGGCAAGCAAAAGCGCACGCGAGAGAAAUCAAAAGAAGAAAGUGCCGUUAGCGAUUGAAUUCUUUCCACUUCCACAAGCGCGUGCGGUGGCGUAGGAUUGCGUCAACCGUACACAGUGCGAGAACGUGUCGGUAUUUCGGUAAGGAACUGUUGGGACCUAAACUCUCCCAAAUGCGAUCGUAAAACGAAUAUGUAAAUACCCCAAGCACCAACCCCACAUACAGCCAACCAUUCUGGUAGCGGGAAUUGUUUCUAAGUGAAGUUAAUUCGGCGUGAUCAUACGCGAUCAUUACAUUGCGUUUUCAAUUGCAAAGUGUCCCACAACACAUCCCACCAGCUGCUCUUGCCGCCUUGAUUCAAUUCGUUUGAGUGCGUGUAGUGUUUCUGUGUGUGUGUACUGUGUAGUUGUCGUACUGGCCGUUUGAUUGAGGCCGAUCUUCCCCUUUUUGGGAGGUGAAGUGAAACGAGAAGAGUUUUGUGCCCGUAAAGCCCCGAAUAAAAAGUGAGUGCAGUGGAGGUUAUUUGGCGACGUGUUAUCGUGUUGCCAUCUUGCCGAAAAUCUCGCAGCCGGCCGAUAGGAUCGCGCUCAAUUACAAUAACAUAAAACGAGUGAUUAAGGUUAAGUGUGUUCGUUCGUAAAUUGGAAAGCAUCAGUUUUUCCACCGGCGAGGAGAGGUCGCGUGAUUUACGGCGUUACCGGGUCAGUGGCAGUGGAGCAAGGGCUCCGGCAACAAAGCAACGACAACAGCACAAGACGGAACUUCUAUCUUCCAGCAACAACAUCCCAACCAUCGUUGAAUUGACUCUCCACCGAGCGAGCACGAGCCCAUCCCGCAACCCGCAACGAUCUUCAAGGAGAUUGAGCGGAACCGGCGCCGAAGCGAAAAGCACACUGCCCCAUUGCACGGUGGCAUCGAACCGAACCGAUAGGAACCGAACCGGUGCGACGCAGGAGGGCUAGAGAAGCUAGAGCGGCAGGCCCGGAUUUUCCACGGUGCAUCGAAACGAAAGCGAAAAUCCUGAUCUGCACGACUGCAUCGUUUGCCAACCCAUCCGGCGUGGUCCGGCGGAAGCGAAAUAGAUCGCGAACGGUGCGAGAACUAGUGCGCGAAACGACGCGCCGUCUCGGCAGUCUCGGUGCGCUUCGGCGAGAGCCAAAUUCGCUCGGAAGUCGGCCGUCGGGCGUUUGCUCCGCACCGUCCGUCCGUACUGGUGUGGACUCGCGCGCUAAUCCGGUGCCGAACCUGUAGCAGGACAGAGCUCCCAGAGAUCCACACGCUAGCCUGCACUGUUUGCAGCAGCAGCGUGCAGUGACGACGGACCCCAUUCGGAUUCAGUCGAAGGACACUUCCCCUGGGUGAGGUCACACGUGUGCCCCAUGUCCCAAUGUCCGGUCAGUGAACGGAAAAGGUGAAGGUGUGAAAGUGUGCGCAAACUGUUUGCUAGAAGCAGUCCACGCAGGGCCCGAGUCCGUAUGCCGCGGUAAAGGCAGCUACCAUCGUUUACGUUUUGUGUUUAGUGUUGUUUUUUUGUUGUUGCGGGUUUCUUUGCACUCAGUCUCUGGCCGAUCUGCCCGGUCACGUCAUGUUACGACGCGGUGCUAGUGGUUGGUGGGUGUCGGUCGGUGCCCUGCUAGUGGUGCUGACCGCCCGGACUACCGUGGUGAUGGCUCAGUGCCCCUGGCAGCGGGAGGUGCCCGAUCUGCAAAAUUCGUGCUUAUGUGCCUACAAUCUCGGACAGGAGCUGUCCGUUCAAUGUGAUCAAGUUGAUUUUCCUGUGUUAGUUGAAGCCUUAGACAAGUAUGCGCGUGCGACACCGUUGGAUCUGCUGUACGUGAACAACUCCACGAUCGAGCAGCUCGAAGGCGGCCUGUUUGUGAACCUGAAGCUGCACAACGUCCAGCUGAGCAGCUGCAAGAUGCGACGCAUCGACGAUAAAGCCUUCCAGGGACAGGAGGCAGUGCUGAAGAACCUCAACCUGCAGGACAAUCUGCUGGAGGAGGUACCGAUCCGGGCGCUCAAACCUCUGACCAUCCUGAACCUCCUAGACCUGUCGAAGAACCGUCUACAUUCCGUACCGAACGACGCCUUCGCUGGACUGCGCAAGCUGUCCACACUGAAGCUCUCCGAUAACAAUGUCACUCUCGCUCCGUUCGCCUUCCGUGGGCUGGAGGCCAGCCUCAAGAACCUCAAUCUGAAAGGCACAAAGCAGAAGCGAGUGCCUGAAGCGGUACGUGGACUACGCACCCUUGCCUUCCUGGAUCUCUCACAGAACGGCAUCCGGGAGCUGCCGGGUGGAGCAGGUGUUAAAUCCUUCGAUGGGCUGGACGCUCUCACCGCACUCAAUCUCGAGCGGAACCUCAUUCAAAGUCUCGGCGAGACGGCCUUUUCGGGAGUGCGGAAGACGCUCAGCUCGCUCAGCCUGCUAAACAACUUGCUGGCCGAGUUCCCGGUCGGUGCCAUUCACUCAUUGCGUGAGCUGCGUGUGCUUGAUAUUGGUUUCAAUCUACUCACGGCACUGCCAGAGACAGCUUUCCGGGGCAAUCCGGCCGUGACGCUGCUAGCACUUGACGGUAACCCACUGCCAACUGUGCCGGAGAAAGCGCUGGCGCAUCUUAACCGCACGCUGCGAGGUCUGUCCCUCGGUGGACGCUUCCUGCACUGUGACUGCAAACUGCGCUGGGUGGCUGAAUGGAUCCGAAAUGGUGAUCUACAGGUAACAUCACGCGAACGUAAUCCCCAGUUCUGUGGCUCUCCCAAUCGCUUCCGAGAGCGUGGCUUCUACUCGAUCCAGCCGGAGGAGCUCACCUGUCCCGAGUCGGAGGUAGCACUCGAAGGUCCAGUCGGUGUGGUGGAGUCUCUACUGCCCAAAACGACCACCGCACGUACUACGACCGCCUCCUCUACCGUCACCACACUGCUGACGCAACCGACAACGCUUGGCGGUACGACCAACGCUACAACUGCUGCUACAUCACCUCCCACCACUACGCAGCAAGGAUCUUCGACCUACGCGGUCGAAACUCAGUCUUCCAACAGCACAACGGCACAGACCAGCACAACGCUUACCACAACGACACCGUCAACAACGAAACAAUCGACCACGGCCUCAACGGCUACUGCUGCUACUGCUGCCACGACCACAACGACUUCGAAAACGCCUGCAACGAAGAACUGGCGCACGAACGGUGCCAGCAAUAACUCGCCUCCCCACAAGCAGCGGCCUCCGCUUGUGCUAGGUUUCCCACCACAGCGAGGUACUCAGAUCGAUGACUCCAAGGAGGUGCAGGUUAAGAACGCUUUCAGUUCACGCCAGGACAACUCGGUCAUCAUCCAGUGGGACUCGGACACGGCCAACAUUCUCGGCUUCCGCGUGGUCUACCGUCUGUUUGGCGACAAGAGCUUCAAGCAGGGACCGCCGCUAGAGGCGAGCGAGCGCGAGUUCAAGAUCAAGAACGUACCAUCGGCCGAGUGCAUCAUCGUGUGCGUUGUGUCACUCGAGGAGAUCAACGUAACGCCCGACACCGUGCCUUACACCCAGUGCCGGGAGGUGCGCACCGUAGCCUCGCCAGCGUCCAACAUGGACAAGAUUACGAUCGCGGCCAGUGCGGCGAUCUGUGGCACGAUCAUUGUCGCGGUGAUCGUCUUCAUUGCCGCCAGCAGGAUUCUUUUCAGAAGACGCUCGAAGAAGCUGCAGUCCCUGUCGCAGCAGAAGAGCGCACUGCCGAUCGCGGGCCUGCCCGUCAACUGCUGCGGACCGACACCGAGCCCGAACGGGCCGCUCGGUUCGCUCGCCACGCUGUCCGCGUUCAACUCGCACAAGCAGGACUGGGAUCAGGUGUCGGCGUACAGUGGCCGCUCGAUACCGCGGCCCCGCAUCUACCCGAUGGAGAACCAGGCCAUCCCGGACGAUCUGCGCAGCCACGUGUCGCACUUUUCGGCCGUCGGCGGUGGUGGUGGUGGCGGCGUUCCGAAGGUGGGCAAGGCACGCUCGAUCGCGGACGGACAGUCGCACCACAGCUUCUCCAACCACUCGCAGCGCGGCUAUCUCGGGUCGGCCUUCCCGAGCAAUCUGGUGAACUCUCGACCAGGUAAGGGAUGGAGUGUGUUUUCCCGUCAACACUACAUCAGUGUAUUGAUUGAGCGUUGUUUUUUGUCCUCGACAGAGCUAAGACAGUCGCGACAGUCACUGGCAGCCGCGUCGGAGCGCAUGUCCCGAGCGUCAUAUGCCGGGUCGAUCGUGCACGGACCGGCCCACAGCAUCGCUUCCAGCACGAGACGCACCCGGCCACGGUCCCGAUCGCGGGAUCAGCUUAGUGGAGCGCACAUUCACACCCAUCAGCACCGUCCCGGCAGUCGCUACUCCACCGCCGGCUCGACCCACACGCUCAACAACUACUGCGACACGUCCGACAACUGGACCGACCACGACAUGGACAUCUACAUGGCGCGCAACCCGACGGCCCGCAACGGCGGCAUGGUGCCGUUAUGAGACCGGCUGCUCGUUUCCUGAUACGGCGAUCCGGCGCACGAUUACGGCGAACUUUUCUGACAGCGACUACCCGCCGACGGCCGGACGGUUGCGGGGCGCUGCCCCCCAAUCGACGACCGCCGGCCGACCCUGACGCUGAUCGUGCCGGACGCUCCGUCUAGCGGUGGUGCGGCCGGGCCCGACGAAGCCCCGCCCGAGUACAGCGAAAUCAACGAGCACGAAACGAUGAUCCCACUGGCCACGACGAUGCGACGGUGCGACUACACCGGGCCUGCUCGGACGCCCCAGCCACGGUUGAAGGUGCGCGACUGUCGGCCAACUACGCCACCGCUGCAGAGUCUGCUCGGUUCGCCCAGCGGUCCCGGGUACGUCGAGCUGGAGAACUACUGCAAUCGGCUGAAGGAGAACCUGCAGUACUGAGGGAGUUUUCUUUUGGAUUUAUUGUUGUUUUGGAAAACGGGGGUAAGGGUGAAGUAAAUGUAACAGUGGUGGGGACGGCGGUACGUUACGGUGUCCUCCAAAGGGUUUAGCAGUUAGCAAACGGUAGGCAAUAAUAUACUUGUAAAACAAGCCAGUCUCUUUGAUGAGUGCGCAAGCAAGCAAGAGAGAGAGAGAGAGAGAGAGAGAGAGAGAGAGAGAGAGAGAGAGAGAGAGAGAGAUCGGGAUAACAUAUAAUAUUUAAAAUCACUAUUCGUAAACAUUUCAAUGACCAGUUAAGAGUAUAAGUAUAAUUGUAGAGCGUUGAGCGAGAGAGAGAGAGAGGGAGUUGUAGUUUAGUCGAAUUAGAAGCGAAGGAAGCGCGUCGUAUCCUUAAGAAGCAUAACAAAUGCUGGGCCUUUCUUAAGAGUAGCCGUAAGAGUAGUAGAAACGAGUGAACUAUAAACGAAUCGACCGGCGACUGAGACACACCUAAGACGUGCGUAGCUAAGAUUUCAACACAUGCAAGACACACGCACACAUAUCACCCACAUAUGCUUCCGAAAGGGAGGCGAAAUUAUCGAAACAAAACGACCCAAACCCGUAGCAGUUUAAACUUAUCGGAUUGUAUGAAAAUGAAUAAGCACAAAUAGUAAGGGCAAAUAGUCGCGCGGCUGGCGAGCAGUGUUAAUAGAAAGCAUACAGCGAUUACGAUUCAUCCCAAAAAGAAGAAGAAGAAAAAAACGCACCCAGAAAGCGGAAUAGGGGAAACAAAACGGAUAUUUAGGAUGAUGCAAUACAGUUUGUUUCGUACACAUACAAACAUUCGGAACAAAGCGGGCUUUCACAAUAUGUACUCAUCCCAGUUUCUCUCACCCCUUCUCCUACACGUUCGUCCUACUUCCGCACAACAUACCCUCCCACCCCACACACCGCGAAAGCGAAGGUGCGAUGUAACCGUAUCCUGUAAAUAAUCAUCGCAACCUUCCUUUCCGGGAAAACAAAACCCUCCCCAGCGUUUCCUUCGCACGCUAUUAUCGCAUUGGUUUCUGCCCUGUGGCGUGUUAUGCAUUAUGGCUCUGCUUUUUUGGUUCUGUACUGUUUUUGUGUGUUUUGUUGGGUUUCUCCCCCCGAUUUGGGUUCUAGUUUUUCUUACAAACAUCAUAAAACAAAACAAUGUUUCGGUUUGUUUUACUCUAUUUUUCAUUUUUCUGAGAUUUUCUCUUUACUUUUCUAUGUUUGUUUGAAACAAAUGUUGAUUUAAAGGUUUUCAUCGCUAAAUUUCACGCACACUGUAACACUUCCAAAACAACGGACCAAAUAGCAAUGUCAGCAAUGUAGGAAUGUAGUUUGGUGCAGUGCGCUCCUUUAUUUAAUCUCUUCUCUGCAAUUGAAAUAACCCAACGAAUGGAACUGUUUAAUGGGUCGGUCUGAAAACCCUCCAAACUCCAUUCCAUCGUUGGGGUAUUUUAAUUAUUUGCUCAGUGUUGUAUAGUUUGCGAUGCAGUCGCUUAGGUUUUAUUUAUUUUGCGCUGCUUUUUCAUACAAAACUACCAAACCCCCGUGAUCCUUUUUCCUCCUCGAUAUGAACGAUAUGAAUACACAGUUGUUAAGUUUGUUCGUAAAUUACAAGUGUUAGAGUGUUAGAUCACCGUCGUCACAUCACCGUCGUCGUCGUCGUCGUCGUGUGCUAAACCUAUGUUUAACAUUUGAUAGUUAACAAGCGAUCGACGGGAAAUCUUCGGAAAGACUUCUGCAUAGCGUUAAGAAGCACAGGCGUACGAUCACAUACAAGCAUCGCAAUACGAUGCUUUAUUGUUUGUGUUUAUCCGCCGAAUGUGGGCAGAGAACUGUAGUUCGUUUCUAAGUACAGUGCAAUUCCCAAACCUAUUGUCGAUUAGUAACAAAAUCUAAGUAUAGCAAAACAAUCGAUAUAACACAAUGUAACCAGUAACAUCAAAUCAAAGGUCUAAAAAUUGGGUUUAAGAUAGUGGGAUUGGCAUAGGACGCGGGAGGGACUAAAGAUGGUGGAUAUGGUUAAAACCUAGCGAUAAGUAAUUACUAAACUGUACAUAGAGUAAAUGCUAGCUGUUUUGUAAGACAAACGAAUUGAAUUGAAACGAAAUAGUUAACCCCUGGUGUGUAUUAGGUGUUGUUUGUUUGUUUUGUUUCGUCGUCUACAGAUACAGAAGGAAAGGGCCUUUACUGCGUGUGCAGCACUCAUUUGCCCCUCCCAACCCCAAAACAAAAAACCAAGAAAAUCAAAAAACGAUUCGGUUUCAAACAAAAAAGCAAGAAAGAGAAGGCAGAACAAAGUGCAACUAAAAUUCAUCAUUAGCAAUUAAACAUCAAAAUUAAUGUCCGUACACCAAAUAUUGAUAGACAACGCGAAAGGUAGAGAAAGAAGCACGUUAAGCGUGGCGUAACUUAUUUUUAACAUAUUCGCUAAAAAACUAUAAAGCGAAAAGGAAGUGCAUUAGAGGUACUGUGUGUGUGUGUGUGUAGGUUUGUGUGAAGGGAAACCACUGUAGGAUCUAUUUUUGUACGUAAAACCAACAGAAAACCACUGGAAAAAAUACUCAACAUCAAGCAUUAGCUAAGGGACGUGCGGCGCGCAACCAGCUGCAGCUUUCCGCACGGUUGCGUAUCCCCACGUGUCCGGGAAAGGUGCUUGCGCAUGAUGCAAAUCGUAGCCUUAUUUCAUUCAAUUUGCGCACUGCAUAACGUAGUUAGUCGUAGUAGCAACGGUCGCAUUCAUCUAGAUAUGUAAAAGUGUGUGUGUUGGAGAGAGAGAGGAAGCAGCGUAAAUAGGUAGGCCAUGCAAUGUUUAAAAGAUGGCAGAAAGGACAGCAAACGGCAGGUCAAUUGAUUGAUUGCUUUGCGUGAUGUGUUGAAACAAUUCCCAUGUAACUCCAUGUAAGCGCCACGUGGUCGUGAAGGAAGCGUGACCAAUAACUGCUAGUGUGUAAUAGUGUAAUAUGACUAAUUAAGGGUAGGAAAUGGAAACGUUACUCUCGUUUACUUUUUAAGUAGAUAUCUUUUUUCUCCCAUUUCGCCGUUGGAAACUGAUGUCAGGUUUUCCGUUGUCGGUACGCUCCCUCCAAUCCCCAUCUUCUCCUAAUUCACCCACCCACCCAUCAUCAGCUCAUUCCAAACCCCUUCAACCCCUUCAUCCCUUCAACCCGAUACGAAAACUUGACAUUACAUGAAGACGGGAAAAAUGAACACAGUUGAAAGUUAACAUUUGAAAGGAGGCGAAGAAGAAGGAAACCGAAACGAUGUUGUAAAGUUCUGAUAGGAGCAUCAUCCAUCGCUAGUGUUAAGGUCGUUAGGAUGGCAUCAUUAAUAAUAGCCACAAACACACACAUACACACGCACUGUCUCUCUUUCUCUCUCUCUCUCACUCUGUACCCUCUAAAUCUCCGUUUGGUGUAGUAAUCGAACGAUUUAAUUGUUAAAACAAUUCCUUAUCCCUCCUUUGCGACCGAUCGACAUCGGACGGGAGGCGGAGGAACGGGAUAAAAACCAAGUGCAAUGAGGAAAGAGCGGACUACUACUAAGAGAAGUGUGAACGAGACGGCUAGAACGAGACGAGUUAGUUCGAAUAAUAUUUAUACAAUAUACACAACUAGAAACAUACACACAGACACACCCGCGUAUAUAUUUAAACGAAAAGUAAAAACAACCCCCCGAGGUGCGCCACAAACGCUAUAAAUUCCCACUCCCAGGCAAAUUAAACAAAAGCUAAAACGAAAACGCAAAAGCGCCAGCCCCUGCUGUACGCCAGGCGGAUACACGCAUUAAAUACAAGCUGUAUAUAACAAUAAUCAAAUCAAUAAAGAUCAAUUUAAAUGAUAA